UUGCAGGUUUCCUGCUAACUUUCCAGUCGCCUGGAUGAACAGCGGCAGCAGCAACAUGCCUGCGUCUCCCUCCUGGAUCCUGUGCGCCGUCUGGCUCUCCUGCCUCCUCAGCUCAGCCUCCUGCAGACGAGACAGAGGGCAUUCUGAUCCGAUCAUCUUCGAUGAGCUCUGCGCCCUGAAAGAUGAGCCCGGGCCAUGCAAAGCCAUCAAGGACCGAUACUUCUUCGACGUUAGGUCAGGAAGCUGCGAGCUGUUUGAGUACGGAGGCUGCGGAGGGAACGCCAACAACUUCGAGACAGUUGAGGAAUGUGAGGAGGCGUGCGUCGUCUCAGACGAAAAGAACCCUUGUCAUUUACCGGAGGCUCCGGGUCCCUGUCGAGGUCUGUUGAAACGCUUCUUCUUUGACGGCGAGACGCAGCAGUGCAAGCAUUUCUUUUACGGCGGCUGCUUCGGCAAUGCCAACAACUUCAGGAGCAUGGCUGAGUGCCAGAGGAGAUGUCAGAGCCCAGAAGUACCAACAGCUGCUUCAGAAGUCCAUGUGACGUCUGCGAGUAAACCAGACGGGGAUCUUCCAACCAUCAGAACAGAAGAGCUGAUUGUGAGCGAACCCCAGGUCCAGCCAAAUGUUUCCAAUCCAUCAGCAAAUGGCUUCAGCACCUCAGAGAUCUGCUUCAGUCCCAUCGAGAGCGGAACGUGCAGCGGCGCUCUCAAGAGGUACGCCUACAACCCAAAAAUCAGGAGGUGCCAGAUGUUUACCUACAGCGGCUGUGGAGGAAACCAGAACAACUUUGAGCUCCGCAAACAUUGCUACCACAAGUGCAUCAGAAGCAAAAAGGGUGACAGGAAGAAGAUGAUCCCAAUAAGGAAGAAAAACAUUGACAGAAUUCUGAACCGCUCAGUCUGAGCACUCUGCCCUGCAGAGCUCCAGCAGGGGGCAGCAUUGUAAUUAUCUCUGUAUUAUAGUUUUAGCUCCAUCUGUUUUCUUUUGAAAUGUUAACAGCUUAUCGAGUCUUUGUCACUCAGGUUUUCUUCUGAAAAUCUCAGAUUUUAAUAGGAUUUAAUUUGAAAUCACACACAGUGAGUUGUGUCUUUAUACCAGUUACUGUUUUCUUUUUUUCUGAUAUUGAUUGCUUUUUUUUUUUACUCUGCAACAGGAUGCAGAGUGAAACAGAAUGACUUUAAAGAUACAGCUUUACGUUAGGCCUGUCUGACCGGGUUCAAGCUUUGGACUGGAAACAAUUAAAAGAGCCAGGACUGCUGGUGCAGAUUACAGCAGUCCGAAGAAAUAAAACCUUUACACAAGAAUGGACUGCUUUUAGAAGAGAAAUAGAAAUAUGCACACAAGACAGAAGUCUUAUGCUGCGUUCAGAGCAAAUGCUUUUUGAGCAUCAAGUUUACAUCCAAAGUCAACGGUGGACGCUCCUCAAGGGGCUUUCAGACAUCUUGCGCUGCUCGUUUUUAAGCUUUCAGCACGUUUUGCCUGUUUGGCUUGAUGCACGUUAAGCGCCGCUAGAGCGUCCGACGCAAGAGUUGGAAAAUCUGAACUUUCAACCAAUCAGAGAGACUGCUAUGUGACGUAGUGGGAGAUUCCCCAAAAGGAAAAAUAUUUUUAUUUCUUAUCCUUGAUAAAUGUUAACAUCAAGCCUCCUGAAUGAUGUCCACUAACCUGAGACAGAUGGAGGGAUGCCUGUAGUUGUCCUGGCGAGAGACAACCGAUGCCAGCCAGCAGGUUGUCUAACUGGGCUGGGUGAGGCGUAAAAAGCGCUGAAUCGACCCUCGUUAGCGUGCAGCUCCUGCAGUAGGAAACUCACCAAACUCACAACGUCUCUGAAUUAUUUCUAAUUUCAGACACGGUGCAGAUUAUUUUAUAUGAUUCAGUUAGUAAAGCCAAGCCACUCUUGAUUUCAUCCACAAUUUUCCAAAGUGUCCAGCAGAGGAAAACAACAGGAGCGUUGAGGCUCUAGACAGCGUGUCAGACUUUUAUGUGCACAAGCGUCCAAGUUGAGGCGUUUUAGACGUUUUAGACACAUUUUAGAUGCUGAAAAGGCGUUUGGUCUGAACGCAGCAUCACUUCUUUGUAACCUUGAGCUCCUUUUGACCAUGAAAUCACUUCUUGCUUCUGGUUUCAGGCUUUCUUUAUUUUUGCUUAUUUUAACACAACUGAAACAGCUUUAAGGAACAAUUUAGUUUGGGUUCUGAUCGGAUUCACAUUAUGUCUGUACGAUAAUAAUUGAAAACACUUCAGCUCAUUUAAAAAGGUUUUAUUACUAUAUGGGGGAAAAAACUAAAUAGUGUCAUGAUUUUUUAAGAUGAAGAAGAAAAGGCCUGAUCUGAAGUUAUUCACCAAGCAAACAUCUAAGACGGAAGAAAACAACAACCUAAAAAUCUAUUCAGAAAAAAAAUUAAAUAGGGAUUUGGGAUUUUUUUGUCUUGAUUUUAAGUCUGUAUACAAAUAUUCCAGUGCUUUGCCUUUAGAGAGUCUGAAUUAUUCAUAUUAUUUUUGUUUCUGUGUGUUUUAACUGCACGUUUUUUGUUUUUUUGUAUUCUCGCCACAGUUUGGUACAAAGCUUUAAAGCUGCAGCAGAUGUUUGUUCAGUGAUUUUGUUUAAAUAUUCUUCUCUGAUUCAUAUUUACUGUCUGCGGAUAUCAGCCGCUGAUUGAUGUUUUGUUAAAUGACUUCAUUUACUGAUCGAAAUAAACCAAAAAAAUCUUUUCAAA